AUGGCCGCUGUCCCGGCCGUCACUUCUGCUAAGCCUGUUGACGGUAUGCUUCCUGCUGUGCCGGAGGACAUCGUCGCUGAGUGGCUCACCCAUGUAUUCGGACAACAGGUGAAAAGCGUUGAAAUCACCAGAGUCGUGCAUGGUACUGCCAGCAAAGUCUUCGCCACGGUAGUCUUCGAUGAUGAUAAUAUCUCAACUGCCAGUAGACCAACCUUCCUCUGCAUCAAGGGCGGCUUUGACCCAAAGAUCAUAGCCCAUUAUCCUUGGAUUGUCAACAUCUACUUUCGCGAAGUCGAGUUCUUCAACCGAGUCGCGCCAAAUCUUGCGCAGAUCAGCCUGCCCAGAUCGCACUGGGCCGGACAUAAUGGGGUUGAUCAGGGUAUAGUCAUCAUGGACGACCUUGACGCCCCGGGUUGCCAGUUUGGCGAUCCAGCCCAGCCAUGGCCCGUCUCGCGGGCUCUAGCAGGCGUCGAGCAGCUCGCGGCCCUGCACGCUGGGACAUGGAACGCCAAAGCCGAAGACUACCCCUGGCUGACGGCCCAUUACGAUCAGGCCAUCCUGUCACUGAUGGAGACGUACGAGGCCGUUGUCCGCGCUGAUGAUCGGCCACCCGGCAUCCAUGAAUACCUCAAAGACCAGAAGCGUAUGACAGCCGCCUUGAAUAAGCAUUACCAAUCCAGGAACCCAGUUUUCCAGUGUCUGGUGCACGGCGACCCGCACACGGGAAACACGUAUCUCGUGCAGGAUCAACCGCGCUUCCUCGACUGGCAGGUGAUCCACAUCGGCUCGGCGUUCCAUGACGUGGCGUACUUCAUCGGCGGGGCGCUGACCAUCGAGGACAGGAGGGCUCACGAGAUGGAGAUUCUUGACCACUACCUCGAGAAGCUGGCCAGCUCUGGGGCCCCUGCGUUCUCAAGCUCGCAGAGACAUGUCCUCGACGAGUAUCGGAAAUCUUUCCUUGCGGGGGUUGGUUGGAUCAUGUGCCCGUAUGUCAUGCAGCCCAGGGAACAGGUUCAUGCCAUGGCUGUGCGGUAUGCUGCGGCCUUGGACGACCACAAGACUAUUGAGUUGGUGGAAUCAUUGACUGAUGUUGAGUGA